UAACCCUCUCCUCAGUGCGCACAGCUGAUUAUUUGGCAUCUCCUGAGUGAGGAGCGGCUCUCCCGCCUUCAGCGCGUUCACAUUCAAGUAGCUUCUGCUCCACUUCGGCUCGAGACACGCACGCGCGCACACACACACACACGAACACGCUCCGUGAUGAAGAAGUGGCCGAGUGAAAAGCGACUGUUGGUUUUCCAGGAGAUCUGUGUGUCUUUGCUGUGCGACUCGCGGAGCUCUGCGGUGUGCUGAGAAAGAGAGAGCAGAAGUCGUCUCCCAGUCUAUAUCUAUGAAGUGCAGAACUCCAGAGCCAGCGCAACAUGAGAAAACCCAAAAUCAACAGCAUGGUGCUGGCUGUGUGCCUGGGCUCCUUCAUUAUGCUCAUCUUUUAUUUUCAAAGUCACGUGAAACCAGGCCUUCAUUGGCGUGGACAGGCACAGGACAGUGGGCAAGCCAGAGGACCCAGAAAGUCAGUGAGGAGUCCACUCGAAGCUCUCUAUACUACUGACCCUACGGAGUUGUCUCCACUUCAGCUAAUGCAUCAAAGUCGCCGUGACCUCCUGGAGGAUGUGUGCCACUCUUACACUCACAAACGUCGCGUCCUGGUCCCAGAGGACCUCAAGCACCUGAUCGUGGAUGAUCGCCAUAGCUUGCUUUACUGCUACGUUCCCAAAGUUGCCUGCACAAAUUGGAAACGUGUCCUGAUGGUCCUGACAGGUGAUUCCCAAAAAGAGCCCCUUCAGAUACCUGCCAAUGAAGCACAUAUCCCAGGCACCCUGCGUACUCUGUCUGAGUACUCAAUUUCUGAAAUCAAUCAGCGUCUACGAACCUACCUGAAGUUUGUGUUUGUGCGUGAACCUUUUGAGCGGCUUGUCUCAGCGUACCGCAACAAGUUCACGCUCAGCUACAACACAGCUUUCCAUAAGCGUUACGGCACUAAAAUAAUCCAGCGGCAUCGUGCUGAGGCGAGCCCCGAGGCACUGGAGCAUGGAAAUGAUGUCUCAUUCUCUGAGUUUGUGCGCUAUCUGGUGGACCCAGGCACACAAUAUGAAGAACCUUUCAACGAGCAUUGGGAGCGUGUGCACUCUCUAUGUCACCCUUGCCUCAUACAUUAUAACAUUCUUGGCAAGUACGAGACGCUGCAGCAGGACUCCAGCUACGUUCUCAAACUGGCUGGUGUAGAUGGCGAGGUCACGUUUCCCAGCUCGGCCAAAAGUACACGCACGACAGCAGACAUGGUCGCCAGUCACUUUAAGGAUAUCAGCUCGACCUAUCAGAAAAAGCUGUUCAACCUGUACAAGAUGGACUUUCUGCUUUUUAAUUAUUCCAUGCCUGCCUACCUGAAUUUCACAUAAGGCCUGGUGCCUUUUGCUAAUAUUUAGAGACAAAAAAUAUAUACAGAGUUCUAUUUUUGUUCGCACAACUUCAUCUGUAAGUACUGAAACUGUUUCGGUGGUUACCGUAUGGUAUUUUUAUUGACAAAUGCAGUGGAACUGCAUUUUUUUUUCACAUGAAGAACAUCUCAUUUUUGAUGGUCUGGAAGUUUUUGUUUUCUCAAGCUGGGGUUUCAUCUCUGUUUGUCUGUUUGUUUUCUUUGGAUCUUUUAAUUUAAUUAAGGUUGCAUUGAGAGAACACAUUAAAGUUCUGCCAUUUGAGUUGCAGAUAAAAAAAGGUUCAUGUUAGGGCCAGGAUGAUGGAUCUCAAAAAAGGCUAUGGUCUGUUCCUUCUUGCUACCUAGUAAACUCUGACCUUGCCUUACCAUGUGUCCGUCAUGUAUAGCGAAGAGUUCAGAACUUACCAUCGGAGACGAAGGAGAUGCACGCUUCCUUCUCUGUUACCAAUAUUAGACAUUAUGGACACAGUGUACUGCUUUCUGCUUGUGCCUUGGAAAACUAUGCAGGACAAGAGUUACUGUCUGACAGAACAGCUUUACAAACAUUUCAUGUUAACUAGGAAACAAAACAUGAAAAUUACAGUUAUUUAUUAUGGCUUUUAAUGUUGGAGAAUCCAUCCAUUUCACCUAGUUUAGACUCAACUUUUAACAGUUCUGCUAUUACAAAUAAACUCAAAUAAAGCAGAAAAACUGACUUCUCUUUGCUCACUAAACA